AUGGACAAUGAUGCGGGUUGGACGGCGUCUCUCAUGACAUGUGGAACAUCAGUUCAGUAUAAACUAGAUACUGGAGCACAGGCAAACAUCUUACCUAGAGAGACAUACGGAAGACUCAGUCAACGGCCAGCACUGAAGAAGACACAGACUAAAUUGUUAACUUACGGAUCGUCAAGCACCCUACCAGUUGAUGGACAAUGCAUUUGUCAGGUUGCUCCUGAGAAAGGUGGUGCCAGGUACCUUCGAUUUUUUGUAGUACCGUUGGCGGCCGAGCCACUACUGGGAUUGAAAUCGUGUCAGGAUUUAGGUCUGAUUAAGCGCCUGUGCACAACCGAAGCGCCUGAAAAUUCUGAUGUUUUCAAAGCAGCCGAAAACUCAGUGGCACGAGAUUACAUUGAUAUCUUUACAGGCAUUGGUCAUGUGAAGCGCUAUUCUUACACCAUUCAGGUGAAGAAAGACUCUACAACAUAUGCAGCGACUGCCCCGCGUAGGGUACCGUAUCCUCUUCUUGACAAAGUUAAAGCAGAGCUGCAGCGGAUGGUCGAGUCUGGAGUUAUUGAAGAAGUCACAGAACCCACAGCAUGGGUGAGUCCCAUGGUCCCUGUGCCCAAGAAGAAUGGCAGCGUCAGAAUCUGUGUGGACUUGACACGACUGAAUCAUUCAGUUCAAAGAGAGCAAUUUCAGCUGCCUACAGCAGACCAGCUGUUUGCGUCUCUUCACGGCGCUAAGUAUUUCUCUACAUUAGAUGCGGCAUCCGGAUUUUACCAAAUCCCCUUGUCCGAGGACUGCUCGUCAUUGACCACCUUUAUUUCUCCCUUCGGUCGUUACCGCUUUAAACGCUUGCCAUUCGGCAUCACGUCAGGCCCCGAGGUAUUCCACCGUGCAAUGCAGCACAUUUUGGCUGGACAAGCGGGUGCAGAGUGUUAUAUGGAUGGCAUCCUCGUCUGGGGUUCAACGAAAGAAGAACACGAUACUCGACUGAGGGACGUAUUGAAUCGAUGUAGAGAUGAAGGAGUCAAGUUUAAUCUCUCGAAAUGCGUUUUUCUCAAACAGCAAGUCAAGUUCUUGGUCAUGUGCUGA